UUGUAAUCGCGCACACUGUCACUCAUCGACUACGCGGAAAAAUAAGUGAUAAAUAAUACAUUUGAUUUUGUCCCGUCUCGGGAUAUUUAUCAGUUUAAUCGAGCUCUUUGUGUUGAAAGUCGCCUUCUGCGCCAGUGUGUGUAAAGGCUGCUCUUUCGACGGAACUACUUUUUCGUCUUUCUCUGCAUUUGUUAAAUAAUUCUGAACAAUGAAGAUGUUUGCGUUCUUGCUCGCGUGCAUGCUCGCGUCUGGCGCGUUCGCUGCUGACACCUGCUACCAGGAUGUCUCUAUGGAUUGUGGACAAGCUUCUAACAGCCUUGCUCUACCUAGGUGUAAUGCGGUAUUUGGUAACUACGGCCGGCACGGCAACGUCGCAACUGAGAUGCAGGCGUACGCUAAUCUCCAUCUAGAAAGAUCAUACGAGUAUCUUCUAUCAGCUUCCUACUAUAAUAACUACCAGACAAAUCGCGCUGGCUUCAGUAAACUGUUCAGAAAGUUGUCCGAUGAAGCUUGGGAGAAGAGCAUUGAACUUAUCAAGCAUAUUACCAAGAGAGGUGACACAAUGGACUUUGCCCGUCGCAGCACACAAGAAGAGAAGACAGACAAGAACUACACAGUAGAACUGCACGAGUUGGAGUCUCUUGCUAAAGCUCUGGACACACAGAAGGAGCUCGCUGAAAGAGCCUUCUACAUUCACCGUGAAGCUACAAGGAACAGCCCUCAUACACAUGAUCCUGAGAUCGCUCAAUACUUGGAAGAGGAGUUUGUUGAGAAGCAAGCUGACACCAUCAGGAACCUUGCCGGCCACACUGCUGACCUCAAGAAGUUCAUCUUAGCCAAUAACGGACAAGAUCUUUCCCUUGCCUUGUAUCUCUUUGAUGAAUACCUGCAGAAGGUUGUCUAAAUAAUUAACUAAUAAAAACUAAAAAUCCUUAGAAUUUCUCCACUAUUUAAAUUUAUUCUUAACAUAUAAUCAAAGAUAUCUACCAAUUUAGUAGUUUUUUUCAGCAUUUAAUCCUUGCAACACUGUUAAAUGUCAGUUGUA